AGUGCAGAAUAAUGGCCCUGAUUCAAGGCGGAUUGUCCCCUCCAUGUACAGGAAGGCAAAUACAUGCAACGGAUCUGACGCAGGGGCUGGUGACCUUCGAAGAUGUGGCCAUUACUUUCACGGAGGGGCAGGCAGCCUUGUUGGAUCCGGACCAAAGAGCCUUGUACAGGGAGGUCAUGCUGGAGAAUUAUGGGAUGGUGGCCUCAUUGUUGGGAUCUGCAGUCCCCACGCCUGACCUCAUCUCUCAACUGAAACAAGGGAAAGACCCGUGGGCUCGUGAUCCUCAGGAUAUGGAUGAAGAGCUCUCCUCCUGCUCAGGUAAAGGGUCUAGGGUAACCCAACAGGAUUGGCCAGGAAGGGGUCCUUCUCUGCAAGCCCCCACCAAAGGAAGUGAAAAGGGGGGGGAAACCGUAUAA